AACAGUUGCAUAUAUUUUUUUCACACCUUUACUCAACCGAUUAGAGAGGCAACAGGGACAGCUCAUAUUCAGGAUUCAGAGGAAAAAGCGUGAACGGAUUGCAGGGUGUUGCUCAGCAGGAAGUGAAGGCCACAAUGACAGAGUAAAAGUAGAAGCUUUCUACGUAUGUGCAGACAGAGAGAGAGAUAGAAGCUUUAUGUGAUUGUGAUCUUCAUUUUUCUACGUAACACAAUGCUGAAACAGAAACAUAUGUUUGUGGGAUUAGAGGAGUUCUAUCUGGCAUUCAAGGAGAGCUUAUCCACAUGAUGCUAUCACUCUAAUAACUUAGCAUUAACAUAUAAUUGUCACCAGGUGCAAAGCUAAUUCUGUGCAAACAAUUAUCUGCGUGAAUUUGUGCCUAGCAUGGGUAUGGUGUAUGCAGGGCCAAGGCAGCUUGAGAAAUGAAACCCUCAAUCCCUCAUUGGAAAGACCUGCCAGUGUUUUCCACUGUUAAUUCAUCACUGAUGCACAGACACAUUAAAGCAAUCAAGUUCUCUCUCGCUCUCAUCUGCAGUUUCUUCAAAUAACUGAGUCUACCCUAUCGUAAGUCUGAGCUGGUUUCAAAAUAUACUCGACAAGAACAAAUCUCAACCAGUUGUGUGUUUUGUUUUUUUUCCAUUUUCUUUGUGCAAGUUGUUGAUUUAUGUACAGAAAAAACACAAAUUGUAAACCACUGGAUACCCCAGUGUACUUGAACAGCAGAGCAGUCCGACACGGUUUAGACACCAUGACAGAUGCUGUCACUUGCCUGGUCGGCCAUUGCUUCCAGCACCAUAUGGCCUUUCUCAACCCAGUACUAUGCCUCUUCCUACUACGCCUUCAUUCACAUUAGCUUCUGCAAAUGUACAGUGUUUCUCAGUCAUUAUUUGUAGUUCAUUUACUCAAGUACAGUUUUAAGAUACUUUUCUUGAGUAUUUCCAUUUUAUACUACCUUAUACUUCCACUCCACUGAAUUUCAGAGGGUCAUAUUGUACUUUCUACACCACUAUAUUUAUUUGACAGCUGUAGUUAGUUAGAAGUUAAUAGUUACAUUUAAGAUGGAGAUUUUACACAGUGAAUAAUAUAACAACACAUUGCUGCUUACACACUGAGGCUUCAGCAUUAAUCAUCCGUGUUAUAUAUAAUAAUAUAUCAGUCAGAGUGAUCAAACCAGUACUUUUAUUUUUAUACUUUAACUAUGUUUGCUGCUAACUUAUGUUCUUUUACUUAAGUGAUAUUUUUCAUGUACUUUAUAUGGAGCAUUUUUGCAUUGCUGUAUUAGUACUUUUGCUUGAGUAAAGGAUCUAAGAGGCUUGCACCUUUUUAUACAUUUUCAACUCACUUAAAUGUGGUGACACUUUGUCGACUCAGAGUCAUAGUAACCCCUCAUUAUCCUCCACUGUUCCAUAAAGGGCAGAGCCAAUGAACAAACAAACUGGCAAAAAGCAUGUUAUACAGGCAGCUUAACUAUCUUGGACAGAUCAGCCGCUCUAACAGGACUGACGUGAGGUGAAGCUCCUCAUCCUCUUUAAGCAUCAUACCAGGUUCUCCCAGGUCACCAGAUCUAUUUAACACGUUAACUUUUCAGGCUGCCAGUGUUUCACUGCUGGUCUCAUAGUCAUACAUGAACUAGAGUAAGGUAUUUAUUUUGAGGAGAAGAAAUCAUACAGGCUAGAUGGCACUAAACAAAAUGCCAAAAUAUUCUCACAAUUUAACACCUUUCACAUUAAGAUGAACAUAUGUUUCUGGAAAUGAAGCAUAGAAUUUUUGUUGAUAUCAGCAACAUGUGGUAACUGAGCACAGCAUUUGUUUACUACCCAUCAAGUUUAUUCUCCCACCACGGUAGCAAGUUUUGCACCCAAAAAAUGGCAUUACAGUUAUCUAAAUAGAAAAUGAGUUCUCCACAGUCUCCACGUUGUUUAUCUUGGCCAGUAGUUGUGUCUGCUGAAAGACAUGCAAACUUUAAUGGUGUUAAGUUUAUCUGUUCAAACACUGUAUAUUCCCCUUUGUGAGAAGUCAUGCCCUUUGCCACACCCCCUUUGGCCACUCUGGACUCAGAGGUAGUUUGUGGCUUUCACGUGGCUUAGGGAAAAAUGGGGGGGAGAAAAAAAUCAAGAAAAUUUGUUCAUUUUGCGUCCAUGAUAAAAAAAAAAACACUUUUUCUAUUCCAGAUGUGGGUGAUGCGCAGUAGACCUGACACACAGCUGUGAUCCCAGGCAGGGUUGGGGGGAGGGGUCCAAUGGCCACUGCAAAUGAUGACCCCCACCUGGGCGCGGGCCCAUCGGAGGACUCCGAGAUGCUCCUGGAUGAUUCAGACUCGGGAAGCGUGCUGUCUGAUGACUCGGUGCUCCCAGAGUAUGAGAGCGAUGAAAAGCAUACGGAGCCAGCUAAAACACUGUACGAGGCCUGUGCCAGGAAUGAUCCUGCAUCCAUGCGCAGGAUCCUGGAGAGAGGAGUCACUAAGGAGGAGGCCAUGGAACUGGACAUCAAUGGCAGGAAUGGACUGAUGUUGGCUGUGGCCAAGGGAUUCGUAGAUAUUGUCACCGUAUUGCAUACGUGUCCAUUUAUAGACAUCAACCACCAAGACAAUGAUGGCAAUACUGCCCUCAUGAUUGCCGCCCAAGCAGGCUUCGUCACCAUUCUGAACUACAUCCUUAACUACUACUCUGAUGUUGACACUGAGGUCAGGGAUCCCCGUGGCUUCACAGCCCUCAUCAAGGCAGGCCUGCAGGGCAGAGAGGAGUGUGUGUCUGCCCUGCUAAUGCAUGGUGCUGAUAUGAAUGCAAUAGAUCUGGUCCAAGGGAGAGGCCUGAAGGAUUGGGUCCUAAGGACGGGGAGGUUUGAGACCCUGAACAGACUACGCCGCCUGCAAGCUCACCCUAUCGCUGAGCACUUCUGCGAAAGCUACAUUCCUGAGUGGCCCGAGCUGAAGCAACUUGUGGAAAAGGCCACCGCUGCCAAAACAGCCAGUCAGAAGCUGAGGCAGCGCUUAAAAGACAGUCUUACUUUCAGCUUCCCUCAGGAUCCCCAAGACAAUGGGGUCAUGGACCAUAUGGUGCGGAUGACGACUAGCAUCCACAGCCCCCUGAUAGCCACUGGCUGCCGUCCACUCUGUCCCACCAGCCCCCCAGAGAUUGGCAAGCGACGGUUUGCCGUUCCUGAACUGCUUGAAAAGCACAGCAGAAAGGAGUUGGAGGAGAGCACAGUAUCUCACAGUAGUGGCUCCAUCACCUCAGCUUCACCUACUGCUGUCUCAGCCACCUCCGUAUCUCUGACCUCCUGCUGCCAGAACUCAGAGCGUAGGGAAAGCAUGCCAUCAGGCGGUGUGAGAAGCUUCAUUCCCCGCAGCAUGGCUCAUAGGAACAGCAUCUUCCCUUCAGGCUGUAUCCCUAAGAUUGAAGUGACAAAAUCUGGGGAGCCCACUCCAAAGAAAGAGAAAAAGAAGAAAAGGCAAAAGGGCUACCUGGAGCCUCCUGUCUGGAAGUACAAGGAAGCCAAGGAGGAGAAAAAAAGAGAGAAGAAGCAAAAGGAACAGGAAAAAGAGCAAGAGAAAAAAACAAAAGGAUCCAAACGUUCAUCAAGCCAAAAAUGAGGCAGUGUUAUCUUUUCCACAGAGAGUUUUACUGAGAUUAUGUCAUGCAUGAGAGAUGAGCAUGUGAUUGCAGUGACUCUGGGGACAGUUUUAACAGAAGGAAAAGAAACAGCACAACAAGGAAGUGAGCUGAUGAUGAUUAAAACCCCCAGAUGGAUUUGAACUUUGGCUUGGGAUGUAAACUGGAGAUAACUGGAGCCACUUGAAUUUGCUAGAUGUGAUUUAAUCUUCAACAUGUUUGGAAAGCUGAAAAUAAUUUUGUUGAAAUAUGCUGACAUGUCAUAGAUUUUUCUGAGGCCAUUUCUUAUUUCAGCUCCAAACUGAUGGACUGGUAUAUGUCUUGUGGAGGUCUGACAUCAUACUGAUUGCAGAAACCUACAAUGUCAUCUUUUCAUUUUGGAAACAUUGUACAUUUGUGAUUUAUCUGUCUGUUGUGUCUUGUGAAGGAUUUCCAAGUAGCAUACCAUCCUGCAAGAUAACCAAAGAAAUAGUGAAAACUGUAUGUAUCCUGUAUGCGAGCAAAUGCCUUCAGCAAAUGGAUUUAUUUUAUAGUUAAUCAAGGACUGUGUGUGAUGUUAAACCAACAAAAUAUAACUUUGCUGAUCAACAGAGUGGUAAGUGGUAAAUAAUUCUGUUGGGCUGCGAGUUUGAGCAGUUUAGCUGUUUUCAUAUAAAGAAAACAAAGCUUAUCAAUCACUUAACUAAACCACUCAAUGAACUGAAACAGGACCAAAAGAUGUAUAUUCCUCAUGAUCCCUGACUUCCAGAGCCAGAAGUGGUAUCGUUGUAAUAAACACACCAAACUCUAUUCAGAAUUCUUGAUAUUUACAAAGUUUCCUUGCUGAAUAUCAGAGAUGAACUUUGGUUUGUAAUGACUUCUAAGUCUUUUUGAUUGAUCUACAAUUCGGCAAUACUCUUGAACUUGCUGGACCUGAUUCAGGCAGUUUAAGCCGCUAACCAUCACUUAGCGCGAACAGGUGUUCGAGGCAUGGACUGGUAAUGACUGAGACACCAUUCUCCAUAUUACAAGUCAAUGUAGCAUCAAAAUGAUUCUGAAGCUGUUAUUUUAAGGUAAAAUAGUUCUAUAGUGUUGCUUUAAACCUUUAAAUUGAAAUAUCUUAAAACUAUGUGUUUUGCUCCUCCACACUACUUGCUCAAAAGGAUGGUCUCAAAAGUUUUUAUGCUUUUUUUCUUUUUUUCCUCUCUGCAAUGGGAGUAAGAGAAUCUAAUCAAACUGACUGACUGACCAGAAUCAGCACAUUGAUUGAGGCCCAAGUGGAGGCAUUGUGUCAAUGGAACAAUCCGUCUUGCACCAUUAUCAAUCGAAGGUACACUCACCUCAGGGGAAAAAACAAUACAUUUUGAUGUGCUUUGCUGAUCACAAUCUGAUGUCCCAAAUGUGGCUAUAGUGAUGUCUGUAGUCCACACCUGUGGUCUCUUUUUAAGUUCAUAAGCUCAUCUACACAUAUGCCCUUUUGACCUGAGAAUAUAAGCUGGUCCAUUUCAACAAUAGUUUUGAGCACAUUUAACUGUCAAAAGCAUGUUUUAUUUCUACAAAGUUGAUCUAACCUUCCUCUUAUGUUACAUGCAGCGCUUGUGGGAUAAUUUUAUUCAGCAGGGUUUUCAUACUUCAGCAGAAGUUCAGCAGUUCAGCAAAGAUUCAGAAACAGGAAGUGAAUCACAUGUAACACUGCAUACUCUUGUGAUCAAAACUGCUCAGUCAAUAGAUAAAUCCUCAAUAUACUUGUUUGCACAUUUUCUGCAGCCCCUUAUACACCCCUACCAAGAUAAAGUUUGGUCUGGCUUCUGUUUUACUGAGUUUUGCAGUCACCAUUUUCAAACACUUUGUUUGACUUCUUAAGGGCUAACCAGUUAUCAGUCCUAAGCAACAUGUAGCAUCUACCAGAUACCUUUAUUAUGUCUUAUUGACAGAAUUUCUAAUACUAUCAUGCUGUGGCACGUGAAUGAUGUGACGACACACAUACAGAAAAAAACAGACCGAAAAAAAGGAACUGAGUCAUAUCUUCUUUCCGUGAUCGUGAGAAAAAGGAAAAAGAAAGUCUGUCAGUGCUUUCUGCAGUACUGUGUUUGACCAGAACUGCUGCUUGUAAAUUUUUUUUUUUUUUUUUUUUUUUUUUUUUUUUUUUUUUUUUGAAA